CUCUUUAUGACACGAUGUGAGGCAGAUAUGUGGGCUUUUUGGUAAAGGAUAUGGUCACUGUUGAACUGCCAAAGUGGAGCCGCGCAUAUCACGGAUCGGGGCGCUCCUGCAGGGUCUAGGAUGCGCGCCCGGAACAUCCCGAUUCUUACCCGGGUUCGGGGCUGAGCAGGAGUCCACUGGCCCUGCUGGGCGCAGAGGUGGGAGGAGGACGCAGUCGACCCGCACCAGGAUGCCUGUGAUGAGAGGACUGCUGGCCCCGCAGAACACCUUCCUCGACACCAUCGCCACCCGUUUCGAUGGCACCCACAGUAACUUUGUGCUGGGGAACGCGCAGGUCCAGUCUCUGUACCCCAUCGUGUAUUGUUCUGAUGGCUUCUGUGAACUCACUGGCUAUGCCCGUGCAGAACUGAUGCAGAAGAGCUGUGCGUGUCGUUUCCUGUAUGGGCCGGAGACCAGUGAUAAGCUGAUGGCACAGAUCCAGGGCGCACUGGACGAAAGGCGGGAGUUUAAGACAGAACUGGUCUUCUACAAAAAAGGAGGAACUCAGUUCUGGUGUCUUCUGGAUAUUGUGCCCAUUAAGAAUGAGAAGGGCGAGGUGGUGCUCUUUCUAGUAUCACACAAGGACAUAACAGACAAUAAGAAAGUCCAAGAUGAAGAGCAGAGUCCAGAAAGAGACGAGGAGACGGGGCUGGAGGUGCACAAGGUCACGCAGCCACCAGGCUUCAAUGCCAACCGGCGACGCAGCAGAGCUGUGCUUUACCAGCUGUCUGGACACCUGCAGAAGCAAGACAAGAGCAAACUCAAGAUCAACAAUAACAUGUUCGGUGAGAAGCCGCCCAUCCCAGAGUACAAAGUGGCAGCCAUUCAGAAGAGCCGUUUCAUUCUCCUCCAUUACGGCACCUUCAAAGCUGGCUGGGAUUGGUUGAUCUUGUUAGCCACCUUUUAUGUAGCAGUUACUGUGCCCUACAAUGUCUGUUUCACCGUUGUUGGUGGGCGAGAUGAGGUGUCGACCCCUAGAAAUCCACCGAGUGUGAGCGACAUCUUGGUUGAAAUCCUUUUCAUGUUAGAUAUUGUGUUAAAUUUUCGCACCACAUUUGUGAGCACAUCAGGCCAGGUGGUGUAUGAUGCGCGCUCUAUCUGUGUACAUUAUGUCACCACCUGGCUUUUUGUGGAUCUGAUUGCUGCGCUACCUUUUGACCUGUUGUACGCCUUCAAUGUCAGUGUGUACUUUGGAGUUCAUCUGCUGAAAACAGUUCGAUUGUUACGGCUUCUGCGCUUGCUGCAAAAGCUGGAGCGCUACUCCCAGUACAGCGCAGUGGUACUCACAUUACUUAUGUCCAUGUUCGCCUUGCUGGCACAUUGGAUGGCCUGUGUCUGGUAUGUCAUCGGCCGCAGUGAGAUUGAGAACAACAGCCCUGGUUCCUGGGACAUUGGCUGGUUGCAUGAGCUGGGUAAACGUCUGGGCACCCCCUAUUUUCUGUCCCCUCUUGCAUCCCUCAUUCCUGAUUCGCUGCGCCCCACCAUCUUGGAUGGAUUGGUGGUCAAUUCAAGCCAGUGGAACGGCACUGAUGUGGUGGGACAUGAGUCUGUGUGGAACUCGAGCCAAUGGAACACAACAGGAGCAGGGCCGAUGGGCACUUCAAAUGCAGGACAGACUGGAGCCGUACUGGGAGGCGGGCCCUCGAUUCGGAGUUCAUAUGUGACUUCGCUGUACUUCGCUUUAAGCAGUCUGACUAGCGUGGGCUUUGGCAAUGUCUCAGCCAAUACUGACUCAGAGAAGAUUUUCUCUAUUUGCACCAUGCUGAUUGGAGCACUCAUGCACGCUGCGGUCUUCGGUAAUGUGACGGCCAUUAUCCAAAGGAUGUACUCGCGCCGCUCGCUCUAUCACACUCGUACCAAAGACCUCAAAGAUUUCAUCCGCGUGCAUCGACUUCCCAAAGCCCUCGCGCAGCGCAUGCUGGAGUGCUUUCAGACGACAUGGUCUGUCAACAAUGGCAUUGAUGUCAGUGAGCUUCUGAAGGACUUCCCAGAUGAACUGCGGGCUGACAUUGCCAUGCACCUGAAUAAAGAGCUGCUCCAGCUGCCUCUGUUUGAAUCGGCCAGUCGAGGGUGUUUGCGCUCACUGUCGCUCAUCAUCAAAACGUCCUUCUGUGCUCCAGGAGAGUUCCUCAUUCGCCAGGGUGAUGCUUUGCAGGCCAUCUACUUUGUCUGCUCAGGCUCCAUGGAAGUGCUCAAGGACAACACUGUGCUGGCUAUACUGGGAAAGGGGGACCUGAUCGGAUCAGACUCGCUGACGAAAGAGCAGGUGAUAAAGACCAACGCAAACGUGAAAGCACUGACGUAUUGCGACCUGCAGUACAUCAGCCUAAAGGGACUGCGAGAAGUUCUGCGCCUCUAUCCUGAAUACGCCCAGAAGUUUGUCAGCGAAAUUCAGCACGAUCUCACCUAUAACCUGCGGGAGGGCAGUGGAGCUGACCUGGACUGGGAAAGCAAUGGUGGUCUGGUGAAGAAACUUCCUGCUAUCCGUGAGGACGAUGAGAAUGAUGAGGAGCAGCACUCCGUGUCAAGGGCCCCACGUUCUCCCCUUCGCCUGACCCGGGGCCUCAGCUCCCCCCUGAGAUCACCUCUUCUCCCCCCUCGCCCCUUCCGCCCUCCGUCAGACCACACGCGACCCGCCACCCUCCAGAUCCCUGUGGUCAGUUUCAGCAGCGCUCCACCAGAACUCAGCCCCAGGUUUGUGGAUGGCAUAGAGACAGAAAGCAAUUCCAGCGCAACACAAAGGUUUGAGUUCGGUCCCACCCUACCUCAGAGCGGUCCUCCAUCGCCUUACCCAGUGAACCAGGAGCAGCUGGAGACCAAGCAGAGCAUCACCAAACUGAGUGAGGAGAUGACUAGUCUAUCCCAGCAAGUCUCUCAACUGAGCAAAGAGCUACAGGAAAUGACACGUCUCCUCCGGCCCUUGCUUGUCAUUGGAUCUCAACCUCUCCUGACAGCCCUCAGUCCAACAAUGCCUCCAUCUCCCAGCAGUAGCAGCGGUCCAACUAUAUCCACGCCACCAGCUCUUUCGCCCACAGCCCCAUGGUCUGCACCGCUCAGACCUACUUGCUCCCUAUUGGACAGCACAGACACUGGGAGCAUUGGCUUGCCCAGCUGUCUCAUACCCACCAGCCCGCCGCAGAGACCCCAAGCACAGGCUCAGGCAGGCUGUUCGAGUGGACCUUCCUUGCCAGUCCUUCUUUCUCCAGUGACAGCCCAAACGGAUGGAGAAGGCACCCAGGCAGCUUCAGCCCAGCCACUGCAAACCAGCCAUCCUGCAUCCCCAUCUCUAACCUUUUCCUUCUCGCUCCCUACUUUCCGCUCCCAGUCUACUUCCUGCUCUCCCUGCCAGGGUCCUCACCGACCUGCCAGUCACAGCAGAGGUUUGCUACCUCGACCCCCCUCACAGGACACCCCACCUCCACCACCCUCUCAUUGCUCUGCACCACCCUCGAUCAGUAACUCUCCUGGUGACCACAGGCUGGGGAUCAGUCCGUUUCCCUCAUCCCCUUCCUCCACUGCCACCGCCCCUCGGGUCCAGCCACAGUCGUGCACCCCUCCUUCUUGUCCGCACACCUCCCCACCCUUGCCCUGCUCCCUGGACUCCCUGCCAGAAACCCAGGCCUCUUUUGGCACCUCACGGUCCCCGCAGAACCCCAGGCCGGGACCUCCUCAGUUAGAGUUUGAGAUGCAAGAAUGGGCAGCAGGAGGGAGGCCUUCCACAGAGCAUAUCAGCUUUAUAGAUGAAGAGGGACCAGCACUGUGAGAGACUGAAAGAUGAAUACUAUGACUAGUUGACUUAGCAAAUAGGGGAGCGGUGAACUGGGCCGACUGCAAUUACCCCAACACACCUACUUUCUGAAUGACAGACAAAACUGAUUGCUGUUCCUUCAGGACGACACUUGUAAUUGGACAGCUUGUGGCUCUGUUCCAAACCCUAGUGAGCUAUCUACUUAUAAACAGCAUUUUUAGGCAUCGUAGGCACGCUACUGACACCUUUGAUGAUGCUUUCUUUUAAAAAAUACCUAGUUUUGGCUAAAAUCUAUAUCACUAUCAUAUGUAUGCAUCACGGAUAAGACAUCUCAGAAUGCAUUCAGUGAAACGUUUUAUCCAGCAUUGUCCCACCUUGUUACCUAAUACAAAACCACAUGAGACUCUAAAGCUGCAUUCAUACCAUGCCGUAAUUACUGUUAUUCUAAUUAUUCUUCCAUUAAGUCAUAGUCAAUUAUGAGAAUUAUUAGACAGAAAUAUUACAGAAAAGCUACAUCUUACUGCUGAAGCCACUGCUAUUUUGAGUGUUCCCACAUGAUUUUGUAGUGGUCAGUAGUACAAGUUGAAGCUCAUAAAAUUCAGUUUAUGUAAUUACACAACCUACAAGGACGUGAAUGCUGUUUACAAGUCGGAAUCUUGUAAUUGAAGUAAUAUCAACAUGCACAUUUGUUCACAGCAGGCUCCGGUCUCAUUUUAG